AUGGAAUCAAUUGUAAAAAGUUCACGAGAAGCAUCUCGCAUAAUAUUACUUGAACACUUGAAAACUUGUCAGGAAAUUUACCGGCCUGAACUGCUUGCCAAAUUUAGUCAAAUGAUUGGUGAAUUCAAUUCAAUUAUAGAAGACAUUAAUGAAGCGAUUAAUAUUACCGAUUCUCUUCUUAUUAAAAGCUCUUAUUGUUUAAAUGAGCUCAUUCCCGAACGGGAAAGAAUAAUCAAAGUGAUCGAAGAAAUCAGAAAAAGAGUAACAGAAGAUAUGAAAAAUCGAUCUAUCGCUAGUACUAUUGGACAUAGUGUUAUAUUAACUGGUAAAGUUUUGGUAAUUGCGGGAAUAUGGUUUCCACGCGCUUUGGUGCCAGGUGCUAUUCUAUCAGUUGGUGGUUGGCUGAGUGCGACUAGCUCUGAUUCUAUUGCAAUAGUAAAGGAGAAUGAAGCAUACAAAUUAUUCGAAGAAAGCCUUAUUAAAGAUAAGGAAAAAUGCAAAGCAUUAGAAAAUUUCCAAAUAGAAUUAAAAAACUCCUUCACGAGAUUUAAAGAUAUAUGUCCUCGUUUCAAGGAUUCAAAAUACAAGAAACAAAAAAUUGAUAGAAAAAAAAUUGUUACAAUUAAAAACGUACUAGAAAGAAUGACGUGUGAAGAAAUUGAAAUGGACGUGAAUUUAAGAAUCGAAGAAGCUAGUCAUUCUACCAGCUUCAAAAUAGGUAGAGCCGCUUUGGAAGCUAUUUGUAAACUCGUACCCUCCCCUAUAUCAAUUUAUUUUAUUUAUCGUGAUCUCAAAGAAGUGAACCAGCGUACCUCUUUGAGUGAUAUGGAAAAUACAAUUAAAAAUUGGAAAGAAGAGUUAGAAGCUUUAAAAGAAAAAGAGCAAUUAUUGGUGAAAGAAUAUCAAAAUAUUUUAUCGUGCAAAAAAGAAAUGGCAAAACUAUUAUCAAAUGUUGAAGACGUAAAUUCUCCCUUCAAUUUAACGGACUAA